CCAUUGGAGAAACACGUAUUGUGUUGUCGGUAAUAAAGAUGGCGUCCGGACCCGCGUAAAUUGGACCCGUCAAAGCGCCGCGGCGGCCUAGCUGUAUGGAAAGCACCGAGCUGUCCUGAGUGAGAGUAGCCGCCUUGAGAAUGAACAGACAUUGAGGUCACCGUCGGCCCUGGAUCACCUGUGACAGAGCUGGGAGAAACCAACAUGGCUUAUGAGGAGCUGAAGUGCAAAGGAGGGAUGGAUUUCGUGAUGGACGGGGAGCCUGGUCUGGUGGCCGGCCGGAGCCAGCGAGAGAAGAGACGCUCCUACAAGGAUCUGCUGCGGGAAGAAGAGGAGAUGGCUGCUGAGGUCCGCAAAUCUUCCAAGAAACGACCUAAAGAUUCGGAGCUUUUCCUGCUGGCACCAGACGUGCACAAGAAGAAGAAGAAACACAGUGACGACUACUAUUACAGAGACCACGAUGGGCUGGGACCCCCUCCCCACAAGAAGAAGCACAAGUCGGUGGAUCGCUCCCCGACUCUGUCCUCGCCCUCCUCGUCCCACUCCACAGACACAGCCAUGGGCCUCCUGCAGGCCAUCACCUCGCCCAUGGCCACCGGCUCUGAGCCUAGCCCCCACCUGCACAAGAAGCCCUCCUACCCGCCCUUCUCCUCGCACUCCUCCAAGGAGCGCAAGCGCGAAGGCGGCAGCAGCAAAAGCAGCCACUCCUUCUCCCACUCCCGCCCCCCAUCUUCUUCGUCGUCGUCUUCCUCCAAGAAGCACUCCAAGUCCUCUCUGUUCCACGGUGGCUCAGUGAAAGAGGAGCCUCUGACGCUUCGCGAGGCAGACGGGCUGAAGAUGAAGCUCAUCAUGUCGCCGGAGAAGGAGGAGCCGGAGAGCUUCCCCCUGCCGCACUCGUCCAAAGGGAGCAGCAAGAAGGAGAAGGACAGAGAUCGCACGCACUCGUCCAAGCUGUCCAAGAAGAAGCUGCCUCAAAGUCGGGAUCCGCUUCCGGUGGUGGGGAAGGAGGUGGAGGUGGAAGGUCACUACGGCGGAGGCUUAGGAGACGACAGCUCGUCCACAGGAGGGGAGCUGGAGGCCGGGGAGCUGGUCAUCGACGACUCCUACACGCACUUGUCCAAGAAGAAGAAGAAGAGCAAGAAGAGCAAAAAGAAGAAGGACAAAGAGAAGGACCGAGACAAAGAGAAGAGCGGGAAGGACAAGAAGCACAGCAAAGGCGGCGGAGAGUCCAAAAGCCACGGCCACUCGGGUCCGCCUACCGUCACGCACAGCGCCGUUGGGCCCAUGUACGCCAUGGGGGCGCCGCUGCCUCAGCACCACCACCAUCAUCACCACGGCAGCGACGCGGUGCCAGAGAAGAAGAAGAAGAAAGACAAGGAGGAUCGGGAGAAGCACGACAAGGACAAGCCCAAGAAGAAGAACACGACAGCCUAUCAGGUCUUCUGCAAGGAGUACCGGGUGAACAUUAACGCCGAGCAGCCGGGCCUAGUCUUUGGUGAGCUGAGCAAGAAGCUGGCGGAGGUGUGGAAGGCCAUGCCCGAGAAGGACAAGCAGGUCUGGAAGCAGAAGGCUCAGUACCUGCAACACAAGCAGAACAAAGCCGAGGCCACCACGGUGAAGCAGAAGAGCUCCAGCGAGAGCAAGAGCAAAGGUUGGUGCCAGGAUGGAAGCCAGGCCCUGGCUCUCCACGCUCACCUGUCCCUCUGUGCCGCAGCGGUCGCCCCGGGGACAGGCGUGGUGUCGCCCAGCCGAGCGCCCGCAGCCCUCUCGUUGUCUCCCGCCCGGGUGCCGGACGUGGAUCCCAUCGACGCCGCGGCACACCUGCAGCUGCUGGGCGAGUCGCUGUCGCUGAUCGGACACCGGCUGCAGGAGACAGAGGGGAUGGUGGCCGUGUCCGGGAGCCUGUCUGUCCUGCUGGACUCCAUCCUGUGUGCCCUGGGACCCCUGACCUGCCUCACCGCUCAGAUCCCGCAGCUCAAUGGCUGCCCCCGGAACGUCCUGUCCAACACUCUGGACAACAUCGCCUACAUCAUGCCCGGACUGUGACCACCGAAUCCGGAUUCCAGUGGGUCGAGGAUUUUAACACUUCAAGGAGAUUGUUUUUAAAGAAGCUGGAUUCUGCAGUUUUUAUUCGCUCUGUACAGUUUUUGUGGACCAAGUUUCUCUGGAAGCACAGAAGCAGCGUUUGGGACUCCUCCACUGUAAAUAGUGUUUUCAGCUGUGUAAAGAAAAUGGCUGCCUUGUGAUGAUGUUUUAGAUCGUCCCUUGAUAGAAGGGGUUUCACUGUGUCACUAAACAAUAAAACUUUUACCAACAUUUCUUAAUAAACUUGU